UAUUAACCGUGGCACGCAAUCCGCAGCUUGAUUCGUGCGAGUCCGUCGCUUUCGUCCGUCAGGGACUUGGUGCGACGUAAACGGGUGUGUGCGAAAGUAUGAAGUGAAAUCGUACUUAAAAGUGUGUGAAAUGUUAAGUGUUAGUUUUUAUUGUGCGUAAAAAACAAAAAUGAGUGCGAACGGAUAAAAAAGUUUUCUUUUCUGAUCCCCAAAACAUUGUACGCAUCGGUACACGUAACAUUUCGUAUGAACGGUUUCAAAAUGGCUGUGUUUUGAAGGACCCUUUGUCCGCUUUCGUGUGCUUCUUUCAGCAUGAUAGUGGGAUCGUACUGUCACAAAAUUGUCUUAGAGAGGUGAGGAAGGCUCUUGCUAAGUUUUAGUGGUACUUGUGUAGAACAACGGAGUGGAAAAGUACUGGUCCCCGCCGAUGAGCGGUGUCGGUUGAUUGCUUUCUAUACGAGCGAUACCCACGAAACGAUUGCUAGCAACGUGGAAUGCAUGUCAUGUACCCGGAGCCGGCGUCGCAAUACCACAGCAGUCAGCCCCAGUGCCCGCAGCCAGAGUACCAGCCGGCAGCAUCGCCGGCCUUUCAGCAGCCAGCUAAGAAGCGCCGCUUACUGAGCCCCACACAAACGCAACACCAUAACGGAAUACCACACGCACAGCUUGACAACAGCGGCUACAAGAACAAGUGGUGGUCAGGCGUCGGGCCGGGCUGCUGCACCGCGCCCGCCGUGCCGAGUCGCGCGUGCGAUGCGGAGCGGUCCCCGCCGCCCGCGCCGCCUCCCGCUCCGCCUGUGCUUUGCGCCAGACCCUGCUGUCGCGACGCCACUGUCGCAGAUAGCAUUGAUACACGUCGCGUCGUCGUUGAACAAGUCGGCAGCGGCGGCGGCGCGGGCGCGAGCGGCGCGCGGCACAAGACGGCUCCCCAGGCCGCAACGACGACGGCACACAGCAAGCAGCUGGCGGCGGGCGGGGCCAACCACCCGCCCCAGCCGCAAGAUCCACAAGGAAACAAAAAAUAUGAUAAUUCUAGAAGACCGACAGCUCGAACAAAACGUGAGAUACAUAAGUUUUGUUUUCUCCAUUCCAGGUACGAGGUGUUGGAGUUCCUCGGGAGAGGUACGUUCGGGCAGGUGGUUAAGUGCUGGAAGAAAGGCACUAAUGAAAUAGUCGCCAUCAAGAUCCUCAAGAACCACCCCAGCUAUGCCCGCCAAGGACAGAUUGAGGUAUCUAUCUUGUCCCGGCUCUCACAGGAGUCGGCGGACGAGUUCAACUUCGUCCGCGCGUACGAGUGCUUCCAGCAUCGCUCGCACACGUGUCUCGUGUUUGAGAUGCUGGAACAGAACUUGUAUGACUUCCUAAAGCAGAACAAGUUCUCGCCACUGCCUCUCAAGUACAUCAGGCCUAUACUCCAGCAAGUCCUCACGGCGUUACUUAAGCUUAAACAACUGGGUUUAAUACACGCGGAUCUGAAGCCAGAAAACAUAAUGUUGGUUGAACCAGCGCGACAGCCGUACAGAGUCAAAGUCAUCGACUUUGGAAGCGCUUCGCACGUCAGCAAGGCCGUCUGUAAUACGUACUUGCAGAGCAGAUACUACAGAGCACCGGAGAUAAUCCUGGGGCUCGCGUUCUGCGAGGCCAUCGACAUGUGGUCGUUGGGCUGUGUGGUCGCGGAGCUGUUCCUGGGCUGGCCGCUGUACCCCGGCUCCUCGGAGUACGACCAGAUCCGGUACAUCUCACAAACACAGGGUCUGCCAACUGAACACAUGCUCAAUAGCGCUAGCAAAACGGCGAAGUUCUUUUAUCGUGAUGUGGACAGUACAUAUCCGUUCUGGCGUUUGAAGACCCCUGAGGAACAUGAGCUGGAGACAGGCAUUAAGAGCAAAGAAGCCAGGAAGUACAUCUUCAACUGUCUUGAUGACAUUGGACAGGUCAAUGUACCAACGGAUCUUGAAGGUGGCCAAUUAUUAGCUGAGAAAGCAGACAGAAGGGAGUUUAUCGAUUUAUUGAAGAGAAUGCUCACUAUGGACCAGGAAAGACGAAUAACUCCUGGCGAAGCAUUGAACCACGCUUUCGUGACACUCGCCCACCUCGUCGACUACGCGCACUGCAACAACGUCAAGGCGUCAGUUCAAAUGAUGGAGGUAUGCCGUCGUUCAGGCGGCGGAGUGGGUGCGGUGGGCGGCGUGGGCGGCGGCGGGGCCGAGUACGUGGCCGGGGUCGUGGCCGGCGCCGCGCCCCCGCACCAUCUCGCGCUCACCAUCAACCAGCAGAGGCUCAGGGCCGCGCCUUAUGACAACCUUUACCAGCUAUACCAGGGCGGCCGUGUAGCCGUGGGCGGAGCUCGUCAGUACGCGACGCGAGCCGCAGAACCAUUCCCUCAUCAAUUCGUCUCCUCGAUCCUCUGCCAGCCGGCAUACCAGUACGAGAUCCACCAGGUGCAGCAACUGGCCGCGGCCGCUGCAGCCGCCGCCGCCGCGCACCACCAGCACGGCGUCGCCGGCGUGGCCGGCGUGGCGGGCGUGGCCGGCGUACCCGGCGUGGCCGGCGUACCAGGCGUGGGAGACGUGAGCGGCGUGGCGGAGUGGCGAGCUCCUCUCAUCGUGGAACCAGCGCCCAUGCCUGAACCUGACGUAUGGGAUGCCUUCCAUCCACAUCAUCCGCAACAUCAUCACCCGCAUAAGAGAUCAACAAAGCAGCAGACGACGGUGCCGCACUACCAACCGCACCACCAAACGCAUCAAUACAGUAUGGCAAGCAGCGGCGGCAAGAAGGAGCCGACUCAGCUGUCGCCGGUGAAGAAGCGGGUCAAGGAAGGCACGCCGCCCUCCAGGCACAGGCAUCACCAUCACGACCACACCACCGCGGGUCGCGGCGCGGCGUGGGAGAGCAGUAUGGGCGCGGCGCACACGAUCACGAUCCGCGACACGCCGUCCCCCGCCGUGUCCGUCAUCACCAUCUCCGACUCCGACGACGACAACGACGCGCCGCGCCGCGCCAGGCACGCCGCGCAGCCGCACAACAAUACUGGCGGCAGCGGUGAGUGCUUGAGCGGAGCGGUGGCGAGUACCAGCGCGGGCUCGGGCGGGGUCAUCUGCAGCGCGCGCUCGCCCAAGGACGACAAGCAUGUCAAGCAUGAACCGCACCAGAACUGUCACCAUCAUCACCAGCAACCCCAGCCGCAGCAGCCAUCAGCGGCCGCCCAGUCCCAGCCGCAGCCCCAGCAGCCGCAGCAGGCGCAGCAGUCGCAGUGCACGUCCCGUGCCAGCGGCGCUACAGUCCCGGUGGCCACCCCGCAGAGCCAGAAGAAGCGCCUGCUGGCGCUGGCGCAGCAGGAGGCGCAGGCCAAGCGGGAACACGAACACGCGCACUCACAUCUACAGGGGAGCGGGUCGACAGUACGUCAAACGAACGACUAUCAAUGCAACCAGUAUGUGCCUGCGCAGCACAAUAAGAGGGAUAGUAGCGGCGGUUGUCGCGAGUACCUGACGAAUGGAGCUGGAGUGAGCGGAGUGAACGGCGUGAGUGGCGUGAACGGCGUGAGUGGCGUGAGUGUGAGCGUGAGCGGGCCCCCCGCCGCGCACAAACACGCCGCGCCCCACGCCUGGCACCACCACCCACACCCACACUACAAAACUGGUAGUGGCGGAGUCCUGUCCCCCGGCGGGGGAGUGUCCCCCGGGUACCUACCGCCACCGCUCUACGUACCUACGUACCACUACCACACUGGCGGAGUGAGUGGCGUAGGCGGCGUGGGAGGCGUGGGCGGCGUGGGCGGCGUGGGGGCCCCUCCGCCGGCGCACCACGCGAGCGGCGCGCGGCUGCCGGGCUACCUGCAGCCCUACUCGCCCACCUACCUCGUGCCGCCGCACCACCAGCAGCACCUCUGGUACACCGACUGACGACACUAGCCGACACUAGCCCAGUACUGCUCCAUGGCGCUCCGCGACCGACCCGACGGCUUCUGUAUCGUCUCCGACGCGGGCCGCCCGUAGUCGCAUAUAUUCGAAUUAUACUUAAUCCAGUAUAAAUAAAUGUUUAAUCGUAUCUGUUUAGAUGUGUAAUUUAUUACAUGGUAGCGACUCGUAAGCGCUUAUAAAUGUAUGUACGAUAGAUUAGUGAAUUAUUUGUAUCGUUCGAUGUCGGUGUCCGUACUGUGGCGUACGAACACGCGUUUUAUUCACAUGUAUUAUAUGGAUUGUAAAUUUCGCGUUAUAUUUUGCUGAUAAAGCGAGUAGGUUGCAUUUACUAAUAUUUUAUCAUAGUUUAGUGUUUGUACCAAAUCAUUUUAAUGGGAAUUAAUUGAUGUAACGAGUAUGUAACUAAUGUGUUUGUGUGGUGACGCGCGACGUACGCGACUCGGUUUAGUUUACGUCACACUGAGUUUGUCAAUUAUAAAGUUUUAUUUGUGUUGUACGUAGUGAGGAGACGCUUUAGAUAUACGUGUAUCGGCUGUAUCGAGAUUCGAGGAUAAGAGUGUUACGUUCCAUGUGAUGCAAACAUUUAUUGCUGUGUCUAUCUUAUAUGCAAAUUAAAGGGUUUUAUAUUUACGUAGGAUUACUAAAUGUGUAGGGCGCGGUGAUGGACUACUUGUAUAGGUGUAGAUUCGAGUAUAUUAAACGAAAUAAAAAAUCUAUCUAAGAUAUUUUAUAAACAUUUAGUACACACUACUGAUUAACUAAGAUUGUAAUAAUGCAUGUAUAAUCCACAUUAGAUAGAAUGAAAUUGUUUAAAAAAAAUUUAAUAAUGUCCUUUAUAGAAGAUGAAAAAAAAAUUAUAUGUUAUGCAAUUAUUUUUACGACUGCAAUUGAUUUUAGUUUUAAUAUUUUGAUAAGUGUUUAGUGACACUAGAGAGCUAUUAUAUUUUGCUGACUUGAUACGCGUCGAUUAACGACUGGGUAUUUCAGUUUCGCAGUGUUUAACAUGUAUGUAACCUGAUCGUGGGUGUGACAGGCCCGGCCGGCCGCGCCGCGUGGUAUAAGUAUUACAUAAAUAAGUCAUAUCGUACAAGUUCCCUAGCAGUAACACUACCGACUCACGCCGCGCGGCCCUGCUCAGCGCACGCUACGGACGCACGACGCUUGCCGACUAUAUUCCUUACUAUAUUAUAUAUUAUAAGAUACAUCACUUUUACUAUAUAGCAGUAAAUUAUCGCAACAAUCUUUAUUAGAUAUUGAACGCUUCUUUGGACAAAGUUAUCGAACUCUAUUUAGAAGUAUUACGAUGUUAUUACUAAUUGUAACUUUGAUGUAGCGUGUUUUUAUAGAGCUUUCGGUGUCAAGCAGCCGCCAGUGUCGACGGAUAAUGUGCUUAUGUGUCUGUUUAUCCUAUAAAUUAUACGAUAUCUCGUCCUACUCGGGACUUUUUUUAACAAAUUCGUAGAUUAUCAUUAACGAAGUAAAUCGUCGUCUGCCACCCGUAGCGUACACUGAGUACGUUUUUUUAAUUUUAUUAUUACUAUUUGGUUUAUCAUUUUAUUUAGUAUUAAGUGUUUAAUUUAUAAAUAUCCACCAUUUAAUCGCAAGAUAAUAUAAACCACUGCAUUAUUUUAAAUUCAUAUUAAACAUGUUUUAUAUGACAAGACUACUAUGUAAUAUGAUUAGUUUAACAUAAAGUUAGUACAUUAGUUUUGCUGCCCGACAAUAAUGAUUAUGUUUAGUUUCGUAUUUCUAACGGUUGUAGUUAUAACUAUGUUACUUUAUUUUGUUUUAUCGUCAACUGGUUAGUUGAUAUCGGGCACCGUAGUGAAUACGUCAAUAUUAAUAUAUUGCAAUAAUAUUUAAUUAUUCAAACUCCCAAUACGUUAUCUAAGGAUAUUAUUUUUUCCAUUCUACACUUGCUGUAUUCUUCGUAGUGUUUCGCCGAAUUCUCAAACGUAUUCCGUAAGUGACACGCUGUGAGUGUCACUGUGAGUGUACCCGGGUACAGGAAUACCGUUUGAGAAUCCGGGGGUAAUUGUAUCACAGAAUGUUUUCACAAUAGACGAGGAAAUGUGUCUUUUUCAUGUCCUUUGUAUCGGACAUUCUGCCAGACUUACUCAGUACGACGCCCGACGUUACGCCGACCUGCGACUGUCCGCUCCUUGAAGGCGACGAGGCGACUAUUGCUUCUAUGUCUAUAUGUUCAUUAAUCACUCAAAUCUAAUCAAUUUUUGUAUAUUUCUUUGUAUGUGCAAUAAUAAUGAGAUUUUAUUAUGAUGAAUAAAUUAAUCAGAUGCAAUAAUAGUCAAUGAUUUGUAAAAUGAAUGUAAAUUAUUUUCAAUUUUAUGUGAGAAUCAGUUUAUUUUUAUACAAUUCGGUGUUGUAAACACUGCGCUGUUCGAGCAGUAUGUUGCUGGAACGGCUCGCGUAUGAUGUGAAUAGUGUUGUAUAGUGGGGUCGGGGUCCGGGGUCGGUAAGGGCCGGCCAGUCGCCGCGGUCGGCGGUAGGAAGCGAGAUUGCCCCCUCUGGCGAGGCUUUAGUCAAUGAUCUCUGUUGAAACGUGCACAUAUUAUAACUAUUACCCCUACGUAUCGCUAUGUGGCACGGCGUUAGUUCGUCUCAAUCUUUUGUUUUAGUGAUUUUAUUAUUUCUAAGCUUUUAUUGGAGUUUUGGGGUUUAUUUUUAAGCGUAUUAACAUAAUGGAAUGUUAACACAUUUUCUAUAAUAAUUUUGUCCUAGUUCAUAUUAUAUACGUUAUACGUCUGCUUACGGUAUCGUUUGAAAUUGCCUUAUUAUGUUUUAGUGUGUAUAUGGGGCAUGUUGUCGCGGCGCAAUCGACCCAUAGUAUCGCAUACAGGCCGGCAGCGUGGCUGGCCACUGUCCACUGGUACAGUACUAGUACAGUGCUGGUACAGUGCUGGUACAGUGGCGAGCGACGCAGCCGACCCACGAGAUAUCUGAAUGACGACUGUACGUCGACGUGAUUCUGUGAUCAUUACUCAUAUUAUUGUUAGUUCGAAAACUGUAAAUGUGGGUUGUUGCAAUAAGGAAAUUCUUUUUGUGUGUAUAAAAUUGCAUUUUGCGAAGCAGCUGUAUGAAAUGCCCCGUGUAUAUGUAUAUUAGUUUAGUUGUGUAUGGUUUCACCAAAACACGAUACCGAUUAUGUUUAUAGAGGAAAUUAACACGAAACAAGUCGCGAUUAGCAAAUUCGAGUGUCGACAAUAAUUUAUUGUUCUAAUGGUAACAUUAAUGUACAAAAUACUCCGAGUAAGUUGGUAAUAGCCCGCACAUACGUUGUAAGUUGACAGAUUGUGACCCGCUGUGAUGCAGUGUAGCGGUGAAACUGUAAUGUAGGCUUACGUUUGGUUUAAUUCGUGUAACUUGGAGCCACGUACCGGCAGGUACUGGCCGAACUAACUCUACAAUAAUGGGUAUUUUAUGUUUUAAUUUAGCUUAUAGGGGCUUGUGUAAACAAGUUGAAACUAUUAACAUGUUUUAAAAUUCGAUAUGUGGGUGAUCAGGGGAUAUAGCACAGAUGUUGCUUAAGUUUCUCUUCAAUAAUAAUCAAAUAGUUUAUUAUUAGAUGAAAAAUUGUAAAUAAACAUCCAAAUAUCCCUUUU